AUGGCCUGGCCCGGCGAUUUAGCACGAAAUCAUCCUCCGCCACCGGAUGAGGAGCAGCUUAUCGAGCUGGUUGCUCAAAUCAAGGUUCUAUAUUGCGCGAUUUCAGAAGAUGAAGAAUGGGUCUUCAAUGCUAUCAAAGAUCUCUUUCAUGUUGAACCCCUUGCGGCCGCGCUCUGGGAAAUCUAUGAAGCAGCUAAGAAUGCCGGAUUCGUCCAGAAUGUUUCUGCUGGUUUAUUUCGUUCUGACUACAUGCUUCAUGUCCCUGCCAAGGAUUCUACAAGAUCUGUUGGCUCUAUCACAAAUACGACCCUGAAACAAGUGGAGUUCAAUUCAUUCUCUUGUGCUGGUGCUACUCAUGCCAAUAAGGUAGCGGAUAUGCACCGUUACUUAACUCAUAUCAGCGCCUACAAUGGACAAGAAACAAAAUUCGACAUUUCAGCCCUCCCUGCUAACAAGAACCUCGAAUCGCUUGCCAAUCUUCUCGCAUUGGCACAUAAUACUUAUGGCAAGCCUAAGUGUAACUUGGCUAAAGAGACAGCGGUACUAUUUAUUGUCCAGCCAAACAAUUUCAACAUCGCCGAUGAGCGACCUAUUGAGUAUGCGCUGUGGGACAGAGAAACCCCAGUUCCAGCCUACAGGCUGGACUUUGGACCUGAUGUUCUUCAAUAUACAAAACUAAGCGAAAACCGGGAACUGUUGUUCCAGCCACCCUGGCUAACUUCCACAUCGCCAGUGGAAAUAUCCGUCGUCUAUAUGCGAGCCGGGUAUGAAGCAAGAGAAUACGAUCAAGUGGGAUGGGACGCCCGUCUACGAUUAGAGAUAUCGGCUGCAAUCAAAUGCCCCUCUAUUCUGGGCCAUCUCACAACAUUCAAGAAGGUUCAGCAAGCAUUGACUACACCAGGAGCCCUAGAGCAUUUCUUGGCAGAUGCCGAGGCUGCUACUACCAUCCGCGAGACCUUUGUUUCCGUUUACCCAUUGGACCAUUCUGACGAGGGCCGCUAUGCCCGCGAGCAAGCCAGAAAUCCAAAUACCGCGUUUAAUUAUAUUCUGAAACCAUCACUCGAGGGCGGAGGGCAUAAUAUCUAUGGAGAUGACAUCCCUGAGUUCCUAGAGUCUGUUCCUGAAUCAGAGUGGUCUUCAUAUAUCCUAAUGGAAAGAAUACAGCCACCACUAUUGGCCAAUCUUUUAAUGGGUCCCGCUGGAAUUGAGAGUGGAGAAGUUGUAUCAGAGCUAGGUAUCCUUGGAACCUGCUUAUGGGAAAGGAAAUCCCCUCAUGGGGGAUGUGACAUGCUUCACAACUCAGUUGGUGGUUGGACAUUCAAAACCAAGCACGCCGAUAUCGACGAGAUGAGUGUUGUUAAAGGAUACGGGUGCUUUGAUACACCAUACCUGCUGGAUAUGUGA